UGUGCGACGUGCCCCUGACACAAGCGUCUGUAAACAGCUACGUCGGUGGAGUCUAGGGGAGAGUCACACUGGCAGAAGGAUCAGACAAUGAGAGAUUAAAGAAACGAAAUUAUAACAAGCUUGAAGCCUGCAAAACCCAGAAAGGAAGAACGUGAAUGUGUUCACCAGCGUCUGAAGUUCCUCCACCUCUCCCCUAGCUCUCUGACACUCACACACAGACCAUCAACAUACCACCUCGUGCCUGAUUUUUCAACUGUCUAUAGAUUUUUUUCCCUUACCUUUACAACUAAACCAGCAAGAGAGACGAAAGUGUGAGAGCAACUUAGAGAUAUUUUGGUACGAGCAGUUUGUAAAAAAUCAAUCAAUAAAAAAACAUUGAGAAAAAUAAUUCAGAAACAAUAGUAAUCUCCAACAUUAAACACCUCUCAGGGGUACCAUCAGCUAGUCACACAGAUCCCUGGUUAGACCACACCCUCAUCUACUGAAACAACAUUACAGCAAUCUUUACAUUCCGAGUCCUGAUAAACUAGACGUCUAGAAAACCCCCUCCACGACCAGUCCUCCCAUCAUGGCCUCCAUCUCCCAGUCCAGCGACCUGGACAUCCCUGACAACCACAAGGAGAGCUGGCUGGCUCUCCUUGCGGCGGCGGAAGCAUACUGCCAAAAAUCCGGCUGCGACCUGUCCAUCCUCACAGCCUGUAAGAAGUUCCGUCCGUCCGUGGCGGCGGGAGACGGGGGGAGGAGGCGUGAGAGCGGGGGUGCCUCGCCCGCGGGCGACAGGAAGUGGGAUUUUGUUUACCACGUGUGGGGCCAGGGGGCGCUGGCGGAGGCCUCCAGGCGGUACGUGGACGACAUUGCGGUGCUGCACUCCACCUCCAUGCUGACGGCUCACCGCCAGGCACGCCUCCCCACAGGAGGAGCCAAGCUGCUGCUGGACACGUCCACGGAGACCGCGUCCAGGCCGUUUUUCCCUCUUUCCUCCUCGCAGGGCGUUGGAAGUGAGCUGGAGGCGGGGACCGCAAGUCCCAACAGCAGACUUUAUUCGCAGAGUUAUCCGUCCAUCUACAGUUCGGGGGCUGUGAUUGGCCAAGCUGGUGGGCAGCAGGCCAAUGGGGAGCGGGAGCGGGAGAUGAACGCCCUGGUGGAGGUGGAGCGAGGGAGAGAGAGGGCGGGGAUCGUGGAGGAGGAGUGUGAGGAGGAGGAAGAGGAGGAGGAGGAAGACAUGGAGGAACGGAGACGCAACUUGAACGAAUCAGCCGGCGUGUUCUCCAUGGAUGAAGACUCGCUGUCCCGCGACUGUGAGCCGUUCUUCGAGUCCGACGGGGAGGAGGAGAGCACGGACGGGUCCCUGAGCGAGGAGGCUCCUCCCCCUCCACGCAGCAUGGCCAUGGGGCAGCCCUCCUUCUCCUCCCGCCACCAGCAGGCCCUGGCCAUGGCGCGCUCCCUGCCCGUCAGUGUGCCUGUCUGGGGCUACAAGGGCAGCCGCGGGGCGCCCGGAGACGGCAACAGCGGGGAGCGGGCGGGCUGUGCAGACCUGGACCACAUCGCCGCCAGCAUGAAGGCCCUGCUGGCCCCGGGCGCCACCGACGGGACGGAGAUGUUCGGAGCCCUGCCCCGACCCCGCCUCAACACGGGAGACUUCUCCCUCAAACACUGAGAGAGGAGGGAGGGGAGAGAGA